AUGGCAUUGCCCAUCCCGGUUUUGAUUCUUACCGUAAGUUGGAUGGGUCUUCUUCUUCUGCCUUCGGGGGAAGCGGUUUUGUUGAAUCUUCCUCCUUCAACAAAAAAGUGUGUUUCAGACGAAAUCCAAAAUAAUGUCCUUGUAUUAGGCAUUUACAACGUCACAUCCGAAGGCCAUAUCCAUGGUAUUCCCGCCAUCAACGCCGAUGUGAUAGCUCCAAUUGGGAACACCCUUUAUAGUGUGAAAAAUGUCACAGAUGGCCAUUUUACAUUCACAACUACGCAGGCUGGGAACUACUUGGUUUGCUUUCAUCUGGCCGACUAUCAUCGAGAUGUAGGAGCAAGAAUCAACCUUGACUGGAGAAUUGGAAUCGCUGCAAGGGACUGGGACUCUGUUGCUAGAAAAGAAGAAAAAGCCAAGGGUGUUGAGCUUACGCUGAGGAAACAUGAGGCAAUAGUGGAGUCCAUUUAUGAAACUAUGUUCCAUCUCAGAAGCAGGGAGCUUGAAAUGAGGAUAGUAAGUGAGACAACCAAUGCUAGAGUAGCAUGGUUCAGUGUCAUGUCCAUGGCAAUCUGCAUUGUAGUUUCAAGUUUGCAGAUAUGGUGUGUGAAGCGCUACUUCCGAAGGAUGAAGGUUAUCUAG